CUUACAGUUUUUCUCAGUUGCUUUGGUACAUAUCUCAGAUCAGAAUUGAAAUUCUCAAAACUACCUGUUCAAUUCUCACAUCAUUGUGUCACUUGUGCACAUCAAAAAAGCAGUUUCUCAUUUCUUUGAACAAGUUGCAAACGCUUUGGUACAUCCAUGCAAAUGAUUAUGUACAAUUCUCUGUUGUUUCCUACAUUAUCAGUUGCUUAUGUCAUGUUGAUCAAAAUGUAUUAUAUUGGGUCUCUGUUGAAUAGUCUCACCCCCCACAACAUUUAGGCACAAGCUCAUAGCAUAAGUCUUUACAUGCAAAAUGGUUGAACAAGUUAUCAUAAUAUGUCAAGCAUAUUUCUAUACUUUCUAUAUUUCCAUUAGACUUUUUUCUAAAUCUGUCCUGAAUUGGUAAAUUGCUCCCAGGUGAAUCUUGACUUUCUCUAACGAAGGUGCUUCUCAUGAAGCAUCAACUAGCAGGUAUAUAUAUAGCCGGAGCAACAGAAUGUUACAAUGUUUGACAAUGGAAGGACAAGGAAUUGGACGGGGUCAACAGCCAGAGAGAAGACGAAGAAGCGGAGUGAGGCUGCGUGGUGGAGGAGUUGGAAGGCAAAACCGAGGAAGAGGCAGAAGAGGCCGAGGACAUAUGCGCGUUCCUGAUGAGAUUAGAGCCACACUCGUAGACCACGUUCUCAAUCAUGGGCUUACAAUGGCCAAGGCUGGUCGAAGGGUGCAGCCAAAUGUUGGAAGAACAACUGUGUCCUCGAUUAUUCAGACUUUUCGUCGACAGAAUAGGACUGCAAGACAAAUUCACAGGGGUGGCAGAGGGCCCCUUUUCACACGUGAACAGGAGGAGGCCAUUUGCACCAUGGUAAUAGAAAACAAUGCAAUAAGACUAAGGGAGAUAAAAAGUGCCAUUAUACAGGACAACAACAUCUUUCAAAACAUCCAAACAGUCAGCAUCUCAACCAUUGAUAGGGUGCUGAAAAGACACCAAAUGAAUAUGAAGCAGCUCUACACUGUUCCGUUUGAAAGAAAUGGUGAAAGAGUGAAGGAGCUGCGUUACCAAUAUGUACAGCGUAUAAUGGAACUGGAAGCAAGUGAACCACCGCGCAGCUUCCUCUACAUGGAUGAAGCUGGCUUCAACCUAACAAAACGUAGAAGGCGUGGUCGAAAUAUCAUCGGCCACAGAGCUACAGUUGAUGUGCCAGGCCAACGGGGCGGAAUCAUAACCAUGGGUUGUGCAAUCUCUGAGAAUGGUGUACUAACGCAUAUUCCCAUUAUUGGGCCAUACGAUACAGAGCGUCUUGUCACCUUUUUAGACACUCUCUACAGGGAUCUCAUCCCUGAACAAGAGAGGGGUCAGAUUGGAGAUGACCUGCCAAAGUAUGUGAUCGUUUGGGACAAUGUCAGUUUCCAUCAUUCCAACAUCAUCAGGCAAUGGUUUGCUGCCCAUGACAGGAUGCUGAUGGAGUUCCUCCCACCCUACUCUCCAUUCCUUAACCCCAUUGAGGAAUUUUUCUCAGCAUGGAGAUGGAAAGUAUACGAUCGUCAGCCACGUACACAAAUGACCCUUCUGGCUGCCAUGGAUGCAGCAUGUGACGACAUCACAGCAGAUGCCUGCAGAGGCUGGAUAAGACACUCAAAAAGAUUCUUCAUUGCAAGAGAAGAUGUUCGUUGUGAUGUGGAUGAGAAUUUGUGGCCCAACAGACAGGAUCGUCAAGAGAUGUAGGAAGAUUGUAAUUCCUUAAUGUAAUUUCUACAGCACCGCAUGUACAGUUUUUCCUAUGUUCACAUUUCUUCUUUAGGUUUUUUUUGUGUGCUAUUCAGUGCUGUCUUUUCAUUUCUGUAUCUCAAUGACAUGUUCUGUCAAUAAAAUACAGUACAAACAGUAAGAGUGUAAAUUUGAA